AUGAAGGAUGAAAAAGAGAAGUCAUUAAAUGAAUAUAAGGGAAAAAGGAAAAGAAAUGAGGGUAAAGUAAAUAACGAAAAUAGUGAUAUUUUUAAUCCACAUCUUAGUGCAAGAGAAUUGAAAAAAAUUCAAUAUUAUGAAAAUAUGUUUAAGAAGAUGGAACAAAAAAAAGAAGAAAAUACAAAUGAUGGUGAUUAUAGAUGUAAAAAAAAACAUAAUAAAAUUAAAAGAGUAAAAAAAGUGUAUACAUAUAAAAAAGAUCUAAGUGAACAUAUAGAAAAGAAUAGUAAGAAAAGUGAUAAUAAUUUGAGGAAAAUUAAUUCUAUCAAAGAUAUUGAUUCUUGUAAAAAUUUCAAUAAAAAUGAAAGUAAAAAAAAGAAAAAUGUUAUUUUAAACUCAAACAUAAACCAAAAUUUAAACGAAAAAUUCUCCAAAAGAAAAGAGUCAUUGAUUAAUGUAAAAAAGGAAAAAGUAAUUAAACAGAAACUUAAUAAUUCUAAAAAUAUUGAAAAUAGUAAAAUGGUAACAACCAAAAAUGAAAAUUGUGUAAACUCAAAUCAGUUUAAUAGUGAUAGUAAUUAUAGAAUGCAUAAAUUAUUUAAUACUAAGUAUAAUUCUAAUUUAAAUGAAAAUGAUUAUUCUCACAAAGUUGCAAGUAAAUUAAAAAAUAAUAAAAUCAAAGAAGUAAAAAAGAACAGAAAAAAAAUUUUAUUUAAAAAUAAUAGAUUGAUAAUAAAUUUCGAAAAAGGAUAUUUAUCAGAUAAUAUAAUAAAUUAUAAUAAUAUAAAUCAAAUAAGAUGUGAAUAUGAUAAGACUUAUUCAGGGAAAGAAGAAGAUAUUUUAAAAAUUAGAAGUGUAUCUGUAAGUUCAAAUAAAAAUGAUUAUUUUUUGGAUAAUAGUAGAAUCCAAUUAAAAAGUAGAUAUGAUUACAGUACAUCGGAAAAUAAAAUUAUGUAUAAAAAUUAUAAUUCACAUUCUUUUGAGAACAAAAAAAGAAAAAUUCUGAAUUAUUUCAUAAAUAAUGCUGCUAAAAAAACAAAUAUUUUUAAUGAAUUCUUAAAAAAAAAAAUGAAAAAAAAAAUUAAUGAUAAUGAUUAUAAUUUUCAAAUAAAAAAUGAUUUAAAUUCAAUAAGUAGAAAUUUAGAAUCUUCUCUGGAAAGUAACUAUAAUUUAAAGUUAUGUUUAAAUGAUAAAGAAGUGACUGAUGAAAAUGUAAAUUCCAAAUCAUACAGUAUUGAAUACUUUAACGAAGAAGAGAAUGAAAGAAAAAAAGAAAUAAAUGACGAUUUUAACUUUAAAUCUCAUAAUGAAAGUAAUAACAUAAUCGAUGGUAAAAAAAUAAGUAAUGUAAAUUAUUGCAUUAAAAAGUAUUUGGAUAAUAUGAGAUAUACAAACUUAAAAAAAUUCAAAAAAAUUAACAAAGAAAAUUUAAAAAUAUACGUUAAAAAUUGUGUAAAUUUUUUAAGUUUUAAUAAAUUUGAUAAUGCUAUUUUAUGUUUACUCAAUUUACAAAGUACUUUGCAAAAAAAAGGAAAAAAAUAA